CCUGAUAAGUCCUGGGUGCAAGGGCCACUCUCUCACUUUCAGGCUGGAAGGAGUUCAGAGGAGAUCCCCCACACACCGGAUCUGCUGGGUCAUUUUGCCGUGUCAGGAGGGAAGCACAUCUAAAAAAACAAGGACCCAUGGGAAAAAGCCCUUCUGGUGCUGAAACCCAAUCAUUAACUGGUCAGUUAAUUGGUUGUUAGUUAAUUAUUAAUACGGCAGUGUAUUGACAAGACCGGUAAUCAAAAUACCUGAGGAGAAAGAGAAACUGAACUGGAGAUUGAGAGCACUGUUUGGUCACAACACUGUGGCCCCCUUUUGGUCCAGGAGAGUGCCCGUUUGGUGGGGAUGUCACUUGCCUUUUUCGCGGAUGUCUCCCUGUCCUCCGGGACCGUCGGCCGGUCAUGUGACACGUGGGCGCUCUAGAGAAAUGAGGGACAGCGCGGGGUUCGCCGUUGGCUGGGAUCACGCAGGGUUCCUCUGAAUGGAGCCGAUGUGGACGCUGCUGCUGCUCUGCCUGGGCCUUGUCACUGGGGUCUGCGGGGGUCAGGCCCGGCCAUGGAAGCCAUGCACAGAUCUGCUGCCGCUGGACUUCCUGUCCCGGGUGCUUCCUGGGGGCGGGAAGGCCCUUAGUGGAGUGCGUGCAGUCCAGGACAGGGGGGCUAAGGGCCUGCAGCUGACUGGGCCCCACGAGGCGCUCAGCUUCCCCUCCUCUCAGCUCUUCAUAAACUGUCCCUUCUUUCCCACCGAGUUCUCCGUCGUGGUCACGCUCAAGGUCUCCCAUAUAGCACCCAAGAAGAAUGAGUACAUCUUCACACUGGUGGAGGAGCAGUCAGACAGGAUGCUGCUCGGCCUGCGCUACUCCCAAGACAGGCUCCACUUUCUGUUCCUGAGCCCAGCAGGUCGAGAGCGGCUCACCUUCAGGGCCGUGCAGCUGGUGGACAACCAGUGGCACACCCUGGUGCUGUCCAUCUCUGGGCGUUAUGUCACGCUCACUAAGGACUGUGGAAUACCACUGGAGCUGCUGCAGGAGAAGCCUUUCCCCCUCACUCUCAGCACUCAGGGAUCCAGGUUCUACAUUGGGAGCCGAAGACGAUGGAAAGGAUUGUUUUCAGGGCUGAUGCGACAGCUGGUUCUGUUGCCCGGAUCUGAUGCUACCUCACGAAUAUGCCCAUCUUCCAACCCCAGCCUUGCCAUUCUCUCCGUCCCCUCCGUCCUGUUGCACCUGCCUGUCCAGCCAUCCGAAAAUGAGGCCUGUGAGGAUCCUACAGAGGCCAGUGUACGGGUGACUCUGGGAACGCUGCCCUCCUGCACCAACAGUGAACGGGGCCAGCUGUGGUUCGAUACACUGAAGAGGGGCCUCUUCAUCUGCGACAGUGUGGCUUGGGUUCCCCUGCUGGAAGGGAGAGAGAGGCUGGACUAUGUGGAGGACUACCAAGACCUCUACACCAACUCUAAGACAUUCGACAUUGAGGUUUUCCAAAUCCCAUCAGUGGGGCUCUUUGCUGCAGUGGCUGACUGGGAGUCCAAGCCUGGCUCUGGGAUAUACAAGUGGACUGAUGGGAAGUUUGAACCCUACCAGAACAUCAGUACCUUCCAAGCACAAGCCUGGAAAUACUUCACCGUGGGCAACAAGAUGUUCUUGGCUGUUGCCAAUUCGAGAGGGAAGGAUGAGGAGGCUCAGGAGCUGUCUGUGAUCUACAAGUGGAGCCCGAGGAAACAGAAGUUCCUCCCCUACCAGACCCUGGAGACGCACAGCGCGCGUGAUUGGGAGGCGUUCACCAUCCAGGGCGAGGCCUUCCUUGCUGUGGCCAAUCACAGACAAGGGGAGCACAACCAUAACAUUAACAGCGUGAUCUACAAGUGGAACCCGGGAACCAAGGUGUUUGAAGUAAACCAGACCAUCCAAACCUCAGGGGCUUACGACUGGGAGUUCUUCAGCAUCGGUCCGUACCACUUCCUGGUGGUGGCCAACACUUUCAAUGGCUCCUCAACACACGUCAACUCCGUCAUCUACAUCUGGUUAGGAGGGAUGUUUCAGCCCUUCCAGGCCAUCUCGACCUAUGGAGCAACAGACUGGGAGAUGUUCCAGAUUGGGAACAGGAUCUUUCUGGCGGUGGCUAACGGUCAGAAGUUUUAUGAAAAUGUCCCCAGCCUCUACGCAAUCAAUUCCACUAUCUACGAGCUCAGCACGACAACAAAGACAUUCCUCAAGUUUCAGGAUAUUGUGACCUACAGCGCGGUUGACUGGGAGUUUUUUACAAUGGGAGAUGAAAAGUUUCUGGUGGUAGCCAAUUCCUUUGACGGGACAUCGCACUCGUUAAACAGUGUCAUAUACAGGUGGCAGGGAUAUGAGGGGUUUGUUCCCAUUCACCGGCUGCCGACCACUGGGUGCAUAGACUGGGAGUUCUUCACCUCCACAGAGGGCUCCUACCUCAUUUACUCCAGUGCCACACAGCCCCUCUCCAAGGUUUUCAAGCUGAGAACUUACUGAGGAGGCUGGCUGUCCGACCUUCCCCAUGAGCUCCAGUGAACCAGGCCAAUGAGUCACAUGCUACUGGAUUCAUGUGCAAUGAUUCACAUGCUACUGGAUUCAUGGGCAAUGAUUCGUGUGUGACCUAGAUUAAUGUGCAAUGAUUCAUGUGUGACUGGAUUCAUGUGCAAUGAUUCAUGUGCAGCACUGAGACCUGAGACUCACAAUAAGCACUGUCAGGCAAGAGGAGACUCUAUGCACCACUUGAAAACUUGACAUGCUAUCACAGACCUAAAACUGCACAAUUGUACCAUACAUGUAGUUUGGACCACAGGUGGGUUUCAUCACACACAAUAUUUCAUGUUUCAGUGGAGCCUUUGGAAUCUACAGCUGAAUGUUGAACUGAGUAAUGAGCCCAGGGUGGAGACAAAUGAGAGUGGGAACAAGGGCUCUUUCACCCAAAUGAAUGGACAUUGAGCACAGCUGGAAAGAUGCAUUCUCACAGCAAUGGGUGCUUAAGACUUCAGUCCGCUCUUUACCAUUAGAAUAAUGUUUGAACAUACUGUUGUGUAAAAUAUUCUAAGCUUGUGCUCAAGCAAACAAGCUGUCUUAAAAUAGUAAUUCUGUGUUUAUCUUUAAGGUGCGGCACUCUCUUGUCAAAAAAUAUAGGUUCAAUUUAUCAUGAAAUAAUAUUUUAAUGAUUUAUAUUUUUAUAACAGUAUAAUAAUAUUUUAUUUAAUAAUGAAGUAAACUUUAAAGGUGCAUCUGUUAUGCCGUUUUAUAUAAUUAUAUGCAAUCCAUCACAUUGCACUUAAAAACAAGACUUAACAUACUUUUUUAUAAAUGGAUUAAUAUCGUCUAAUACUUCAUUACUCAAAGACACACACACACACACACAUACGCUCAGUAUCCACUUUAUUAGAUACACCUGCUCUGUAAUGCAUGCAGCCUGCCCCUCCAAACAGUGAAUCAUUUAGAUGCAACUCAAUAUAUAAAGCUUGCAGACAUGGUGAAGAGGUUUAGUUGUUGUUUGACCAAAUAUUUGAAUGGCCAAGAUGUGUGAUCUGAGUGGUGGUUUCAGCAUCUCAGAAACACCUGCCCUCCCUGGAUUUUCACACACUACCGUUUCCAGAGGUUAUAGAGAAUGGUGCGAUAAACAAAAAACAUCCAGUGAGCAGCAGUUCUAUGGGCAAAAACAUCUUGUGAAUGAGAUAAGUCAGAGGAGAACGGGCAGACUCGUUCAAGCUACUAGAAGGAAUGUUCAAAAUGUUCAAAUAACAGCUGUUUACAGCAGUAGUGUGCAGAAGGGCAUCUCGGAACACACAAUCCGUUGAACCUGUAAGCGGAUGUGCCUCAGCAGCCGAAGACCAGGUUCCACUCCCGUGAGCCAAGAGCAGGAGGAUGAGGCUACAGUGGGCACAUGAUCACCAACACUGGAUGAUUGAUGAUUGGAAAAAUGUUGCCUGACCUGAUGGAUAUUGAUUUCUGCUGUGACAUGCAAAUCUUAGGGACAGAAUUUUGGUUCAACAGCCAUGUAUCCAUGGAUACAUACUGUCUUGUGUCAGCGGUGCAGAGUGGUGGUGAUGGUGUAAUGGUGUGGAGAAUGUUUUCUUGGCACACAUUAGGAGUGCCACAGCAUACCUAAGCAUUGCUGCUGACCAUGUGCAUCCCUUCAUGGUCACAGUUCCUUUUUCAAAUGGAUACUUCCAGCAGGAUAAUGCACCAUGUCGCAAAGCACACAUUGUCUCAAGCUGGUUCGCAAACAUGUCAGUGAUUUCUCUAAUGGCCUGCACUGCCCUCAGAUCUCAGUCCAAUAGAGCACCUUUGGGAUGAGGUGGAACAGGACGUUUUCAGCACGAAUGUGUGGCUAUAAAAUCUGCAGGAACUAUAUCCUAUCGAGUCAGCAUAGACCAAAAUCCCUGAAGAAUGUUUCCACCACCCUGUUGAAACUAUUCUGUGAAGAAUUAAGGCUGUUAUGGAGGCAAAAGGGGGUCCUACCUGGUACUAGAUGGAUGUACCUAAUAAAUUGCCCACUGGGUAUAUUCUUCCUGUGUGAUUGGAGUCCAUCUAUGAUGAGCUACCUGGCAUGACCUAAUUCCUGAAGCCUUUAUUUGUGAUGGCCAAAGCCAGUUUAAGGAAACAAAUGUCCAAUGGCCAAGGCUCCACCUUUUUUCAGAUCAGUUUUAUAGUCUAUACUUGAUUCCGCCAGCGGAAAAAUGCCAAGAUAUGUCCCCCGUUGAGAUAAAAGUUGCCUAUUGAGAAAUCCUUAUCCAUUAUUUCACUAGAGCACCUGGUUCAUCCAAAUUAGUAAUUUAAUUUUUA